AUGGAAGCGCCUGUUGUGUCUUUCAUUGUCAACAGACUUGGAGUUUUGUUGACUGAAGAAGCAAAAUUCUUAUAUGGAGUAAGCGACCAGGAAGACUUGAACAAGGUUGUGAAACAUUUGGUGCAAGUUGAUGACUAUACUCCUAGUCGAGUUGUCCCUAUUUGUGGCCUGGGUGGUUUGGGAAAGACCACUCUAGCUAGAAGAGUAUAUCAUCACAAAGAUGUCAAGGAUCAUUUUCAUCGUUUGGCAUGGGUAUGCAUAUCUCAGCAGUACCAAACAAGAGAUAUUCUACAAGGAAUCUUCAACAAACUUGUUCCAGAGAGGAAGGAAGAGGUUGUGAGGAUGAGAAAUGAAGAGUUGUUUGAGCAACUCUAUGAAGUCCAACAGAGUAAAAAAUGCUUAGUUGUACUAGAUGAUAUUUGGUCAAUAGAUGCUUGGAAGAGCUUGAAACCGACCUUUCCAAAUGGAAACACGGGUAGCAAAAUUUUGCUAACGACUCGUAAUAAAGCAAUGCCUUCACAGAUAGAUCCAUACCAUAUCUUACAUGAACCCCAGUGUUUAAAUGAUAAGGAAAGUUGGGAUCUACUUCAAAAGAAAUCAUUACUACGAAGAGAUGGUAGAGACUCUGGAGUGCUGGACACAAAUAUGGAAGCAAUAGGGAGGAAAAUGGUAAAGUUUUGUGCUGGUUUACCGUUAGCAAUCAUUGUGCUUGGUGGACUUUUGGCAACAAAGCAUACACUAAGGGAAUGGGAGGUUGUAUGCCAAAAUGUUCGUUCACAUAAAUGGAACGACGACCCCAUACAACAUGACAAUGAAGUAUCAAAGGUGUUAGCUUUAAGCUACCAUGACUUGCCUUAUCAAUUGAAGCCAUGUUUUCUAUAUUUUGGUCACUUUCCGGAGGAUUCUGGGAUAGAUGCUAAAAGACUAUAUCACUUGUGGAUAGCUGACGGUAUAAUUGUAGAUGAUGAUAAAGUGGGAGAUGAAACAAUAAUGGAUGUGGCAAAACGUUACUUGGGUGCACUUGCACAGAGGUGCAUGGUUCAAGUACAAGUAGACGAGUAUACUCAAAGGAUCAAUUAUUGCCGCAUUCAUGACCUUAUGUUGGAGCUGUGUUUAUCAAAGGCAAAAAUGAAUGAUUUUCUUGGGAUCAUUAAUCUCCAACGUGAAACUAAUCUAGCUAAUUGCUUUUCCACCACAACAUCAACAACUACUGCUCCUAAAAUACGCAAACUUGCAAUUCAUUUGAAUAGGGAUGUCGAAAGAGUUGUCCUCCCUGAAUUGGAGACAACUAAACAUCUAAGAUCCAUAUUGUUCUGCAAUUCAAGGAGUGUCAAUGAGGAGUCUUCAAUAGAGUCGAACUCCCAUUUGAAGUACUUCAAAUUGCUUAGGAAUUUGGAUCUUGAAGCAUUUAAGUUUGAUGAAAAGUCAGUCGAAUCAAUAGGCAACCUAAUUAGCUUGAGGUACUUGAGGUUUAGAGGUUGUUUGAUACCGAAAUGGCAUUCGUCUAUCUGCAAGUUGAAACACUUGCAAACUGUGGAUUUAAGACAAUGCAAGUUCAACUCAGGUGAAGUAAUAGUCAUACAUGGAAUGGAACAAUUGAGGCAUUUGUAUAUUCCGUUGAAUUUCAAUGUCAAAUUCAAAUUUGAUGGGUUGAGCAACCUCGAAACAUUAGAAGGGUUUAACACAGUGUCUUGUGACGUCAAUGAUCUGUGUAAAUUGAUCAGUCUUCGGCAACUAGAAGAUGCAACUUUCCACAAGACACACAAUCAGGACUUAGCGGCUUUCAUCAACUACCUAAGCAUCGGUGCCGACCACCUCCGAAAAACAUCAUUAUCAGUUGAAUUUUGCAAAAAAAAAAAGAAAAAAGAAGAAGAGUUGACUCUUCUCAAACAACUGUUAGGGUGUCACCAUCUUUACAGAUUGAGUAUUACUGAUAUUAUUCCCGAGUUACUAGAGUACUGCCAGGGUUUCUGUCCCAAUCUCAUCAAGUUAUCGUUGAUGGCAUGUAAGCUUGAAGAAGACCCUAUGCCAACAUUGGAGAGGCUACCUAACCUACAAUAUCUCUUUUUAGGUGGUGCCUUUGUGGGGGACAAAAUGGUUUGCUCCGCUAAUGGUUUCCCCCAACUCAAAACCCUAUAUCUCUCUUUUUUGGUGCACUUAAAGGAGUGGGAGGUGGAAAAAGGAGCCAUGCCCAAUCUCUCAGCUUUAGAAAUUGGUUCUUGCCGAGAACUAGAAAUGGUUCCAGAGGGACUGAGAUUCAUUGCUACCCUCCAACAAUUUACAAUUACGGAUGGGAGCGAAAAUUUCAAUAACAAGCUUCGAAGGGUCAAUGGUGAAGAAGGAGAAGAUUUUUACAAAGUGCGACAUGUGUCCUACCUCGACAUUCGGUAA